GAAAAUAAAUCUGGUCUGUGUUAUUCCAUUUUGACAGGGAAAAGAAGAUUAUAGGGUAGAUUUUCUAAGUUAAAAGCACUUUGGAUUUUAUAAUUCUAAAACUCUUUGUCAACUUCACUUAUCUUGUUGCAGCUCACUUACUGGAUGGGAGUUUACUGCUUUCACUUCUCACUUCCUGUUUUUGCAACUACUUAUGAAACAGUGCCAUAUGUUCUUGAUUAAAUAGAGACAUUACUGUGUUGGAGACUUUGAAAAUUUUUCAGAGAGACCCUACCUCCAGAGAAAAUGUGGAAGAGGGGCGAUCUGCUCUUCUUCCAAUUACUGAAAGAUUCUGUAGGGGAAAAAACUCUUAGUCUGGUCCCCUUUGGGUCAUGGCCAUCAUUUGUGGACUUUGAUCUCUUGUGAAGGAGAUUGGCGACAGGAGAGGGGAGGUAAAUUACUCCAAAUUCUUUAUCUGCUGAGCCAAUCGAGAAGAAUGCUCCAAAGGAUAUACCUGGCAAUUAAAUCUUUUGUAACUUCUGCCAAGUUUUAUCAUUUCAUCUUCUUUGCAUCCCUAACUGCAAAUCUAAUGCUAUUUUAUCCUCUUUUCCCAGUGAGAAGGAGAGAGCUGGACUCAUGUGUUUUGUAUGUUCCCUGCUCAAAAGGAUGGAUAGGAUUUGGAAGAAAAUGUUUUUAUUUUUCGGAUGAGACAAGGAACUGGACAUUCAGUCAGACAUUUUGUACUUCAGAAGAAGCUGUUCUUGCUCAGUUUGAAACCGAGGAGGAGCUGAACUUCCUGCUAAGAUACAAAGGCCCUUCUGACCAUUGGAUUGGCCUUAGUAGAGAAUCAUCACAUCAUGUUUGGAAAUGGACAGACGACUCUAAAUAUAAUGCCUCGUUUGCCAUCACAGGAGAUGCGACAUGUGGCUACCUGAAUGACCUUGGAGUUAGUAGUGCCAGAAGUUACACAGAUAGAAAAUGGAUUUGCAGCAAAAAAAUAACUAUUCCAUGUCCUUAAAUUCUUCAAGUCUUUUAUAGGGAAUUUCACACAUGAUCUCCAAGAGAUGCAUCAUAAAUUAUAUACAGUUGCUGCUCUAUUGCUUGCUCUUCCAAAAAUAUCACCAAUAUUCAUUUAUAGUGUUGUUAACAGCAAGGAGACAAGGUAUACUUGAGUGAUACAGGGGUUUGGAAGAGCAUGAUUCUAAAUUAAGUAAGUGUUAUAUAAUAUGAGUUGAUAUGUAUGUUUUGAACCCAGUCAAUAUGAACAAAUGCCUCUUUUUAUAUACAGACAGUACUUUCUUUGCACAUAUGGGACCAUAAAAAUAACUAUGAUAACUGAAGCCAUGCAAAAUGAUUUUAAUCACUGAUGAGAAAAGUUAUUAAUUGGUUAACACAAUCGAAAUUAUCUUACCAUCACUUACAAAUGUAUGGGGAAAAUUUUUUUGGACUUCCCUGGUGGCACGGUGGAUAAGCAUCUGCCUGCGAAUUCAAGGAACAUGGGUUCGAUUGCUGGUCCAGGAAGAUUUCACAUGCCACGGAACAGCUAAGCCGAUGUGCCACAAUACUGAGCCUGGAUUCCAGAGUCCAUGAGCGGCAACUACUGUAGCCCAAGUGCCCAAGAAUCUGUGCUCUGCAACAUGAGAAUCCACUGCAAUGAGAAGCCCCUGCACUGCAGUGAAGAGUAGCCCCCAGUGCACCAGUCCUGAGUACUUGUCUCAUGCAUCCAACCUGGGCAAAAACCACUACAAUAUUGUAAAGUAAUUAGCCUCCAACUAAUAAAAAUAAAUGGGAAGGAAAAAAAAAAAAAGAGUAGCUCCUACUCUCUGCAACUAGAGAAACUGCAAAACAAGGAAGACCCAGCGCAGCCAAAAAUUAACUAAUUCAUUAAAUUAAAAACAAACAAACAAACAAAAAAAACACACUUACAUAGGGAAAUUCUUAAAAUUCCCAAGACUAGGGCCUUACCUGGUUGUCCAGUGGCUAAGACUCUGCUCCCAAUGCAGGAGGCCUGGUUUCGAUCCCUGAUCAGGGAACUAGAUCCUGCAUGCUAAAACUAUAAGAUUCCCCAGGCUUGUCUCAGCCAAAAGUUCCCACUUGCAGCAACUAAAAAUUCCACAUGCUUUAUAACAAAGUGAAUCAGCUGUACAGCCUAUGGAAUCUUUGGUUGAGGCAUGUGAGAUUUUACUCCAAUUUAAAAAAACAAUCUUACCACAAAAAGCAGGAAAGAAGAAAGACGUCACAGAAACUGGCAAGGAAAAAAAAAAAACAAAACAAAACAGGAUUCCACAUACCACAACCCAUAGAGAAGAUUCCUCAUGCCGCCAGUAAGAUCCAAGCAGCUCCCCCCCAAAAAUUUACUAAGAAUAAUAUUUAUUAUAGACUUUAUAUUUUAAAACAUUAGAAACACUGAAAAAAAUGCCUUGUACACUUCAAUUUUUGGUGUUUAUGUUUCAGUGUGCUCAAUAAAUGUUAUCCCUAUAAACCAAUAUUUUGGUUUUGGUAUUUUAUAUACCAAUCUUUUGUUUACCCUUUAUUGGAUUUUAAAAUCCUGCUUCCACUCUAAUUAAAUCACAAAUAGUUACUUCUACCCAUUAGCCAUGUGAUACCCAAUCUCAGAAUCUAUGAUUGAAUUUGAUAAAGUGUUUUAAAUUUUUACAGCAUUAGCUACACUGUACUCAUGAGUCUACAAAAGUAGAAAUAGUAACUUAACAACAUAUCCUCUCUAUUUACUUCCCUUUCUCCUCGACUCCUUACCCCCUGGUUUUAACUUGUUUUCAAUACCUAUGACACUAUUUCGGUUUUAUAAGUUCAUCUGUAGCCUUUUUUUAGAUUAUACAUGUAAGUGAUAUCGUAUGAUAUUUGUCUUUCUUGCCAGUUUCUUAGUAUAAUUUUAUGCAAUUUUGUAUAUAUUAAUUUUCCAUAUAUGUAUAAAUAUUAUAUGUUUAAUUAGGGGCUUCCCCAAUGGCUCAGUGGUAAAGAUCUGCCUGCAGUGCAGGAGACCUGAGUUGCAUCCCUGGACUGGGACGAUCCCCCGAAGAAGGAAAUGGCUACCCUCUCCGGUAUUCUUGCCUGUGAAAUCCCAUGGACAGAGGAGACUGGCAGGCUACAGUCCAUGGGGUCUCAAAGAGUCAGAUACACCAUAGUGGCUAAACAACAACACAAUCAAAUGAAUCAAUUCUUCAAAGUGAAUCUUCUACACAUUCUAUUAGUUUUGUUUUCCUGGAGAACCCUGACUGCCAUAGGAAAUUAAUUCCUUACAAAGCAAACUUUGACUGAAGGGGACAGGGGACAGGAAGAAUGCAAGAUGCAUUCACUCUCUGUUUAUUGCCUUUGCUUCCUUGGCUGGACAGUUUGGAAGCACAAGUGUUUGACAGGCUCACAGGAGGCAUCAGAAAGAAUGAGCAGUCUGCUCAGCUUUUUCUAAAGAUGUAACAUUAAACACCUUAACCAUUUAAAAUGUA